AUGAGGAAAAAAGGCGCUGGUAACAAAUUACAAGGCGUAAGGAAUAAAGAUGAAGAAUGGAAAACAAAAAAAACACGUUCGGCUACAGCUGCUCACGCCACAAGAAAGGAAAGGGAUAGGAAGAUGAAAUGUUUUCGCUGUGGUAGCGGAGACCACUGGGCGAAUAAAUGUAGGCACAAAGACAAAACGUGUAACCUUUGCAAGAAAAAAGGUCAUUUGCAAAGCGUGUGUUUUAAAGCGAACAGGCAAGUAAAUAACAUCGAUGAAGGUAAAGAUAAAGAAAUAGACGAGUUAUUUCACAUAGAAGGAAGCAAAAACGACCGCGAGAAGCUAUAUUGUGUAUUGGAAAUUAACAACAACAACAUUAAGUUGGAAGUUGAUACUGGCGCUCCAGUGACGAUCAUUAGUGAGAAAGAUGCGAAUAGAUUUUUGCCAAAACUGAAGGUUAUUGAAAGUGAUAUAAAAUUAUAUAGUUAUUGCAGAACACGUUUAGAUUGUAUUGGUUUAAUGUGGGUAGAAGUGCGGCAUGAAGGGAAAAUAUUGCCGCUUAAAAUGUAUGUCGUUCGCACUGAUAGACCACCAUUACUGGGCAGAGAAUGGCUGCGCAAAAUUAAAUUGAAUUGGCAUAAAUUAUUAAAUGAAAGAUUGUACAUCAACCACAUACUAGAUCAAAGUGAGGUUGUCGAUUUCAAUAGCGAAACAUUGUUGAAGAAGUUUCCACGGGUGUUCGCAUCAACGGCGGGUAAAAUUACGGGGUUCCAAGCACAGUUGUAUUUGAAACCCAAUGCUAGCCCGAAAUUCGUAAAAGCCAGGCGCGUUCCUUUCCCAUUGUGGGAGAAAGUGGAACAGGAGUUAGAAAACCAAGUAGCAGAAGGGCUUUUAGUAAAAGUAGACAGAAGUGAAUGGGCGACUCCAAUUGUGGUAGUGCCGAAAGCGGACGGAUCGGUACGCAUAUGUGGUGACUACAAGGUCACCGUCAAUCCGUGUUUAGUAGUCGAUGAGCACCCCUUACCAACAAUUGAUGAACUGUUCAGCAGAAUGGCUGGCGGCACCAAGUUCACGAAGAUAGAUUUGUCCAAAGCAUAUCUGCAACUCGAAGUCUGUCCCAAGGACAGACACAUCUUGACACUUAGCACAUAUAAAGGGCUUUAUACCCCUACCCGGUUGAUGUUUGGCGUAGCCUGUGCGCCGGCAAAAUGGCAGCGGUGGAUGGAGCAGCUUCUGGGUGAUAUAGAAGGUGUUUCAGUUUUCCUAGACGAUAUUAAAAUUACGGCUAGUAAUGAUGCCUUGCAUAUUCAACGCAUUGAAGAAGUAUUGCGUCGACUGAGUGAACAAAACAUGAGAGUUAAUCUAAAGAAGUCGGAGUUCUUGAAAGAUAAAAUUGAUUAUUGUGGUUAUAUUAUUGAUAAAAAUGGCAUCCGCCCAAAGAAAAGUAAAAUACAGGCGAUUCAUAAUAUGAAGAAGCCUACCAAUCGAGACGAAGUGCGGUCCUUUUUGGGUCUCAUCAACUAUUAUGGUCGAUUUGUUAAAAAUUUGAGCAGUCUGGUUUUUCCACUUAAUCGUCUGUUACAAAAGGAGAUUAAAUUUAAUUUCGACAAAGACUGUGAAAAAGCGUUCCUGGAAGUAAAAAAGCAGCUGCAAUCAGAUUCCGUUCUCACACACUAUGACCCAAAGAAGACACUGAUAUUGGCUGUAGACGCAAGUCCGAUAGGAGUGGGGGCGGUGUUAAGUCAGCUUAAUGAAGACGGAUCUGAAAGACCAUUGCAGUUUGCGUCACAAACCUUGAACAAGGUCCAGCAACGAUACAGUCAGGUUGACAAAGAGGCAUAUGCCAUCAUUUUUGGAGAAAAUGCUAACGCCGAUGCCAUGUCGCGACUUCCAACUAAGGCGAUGUAUAACCAAAUUGAAGAGGCGGACGUUCUAGAGAUCUCGGCGAUAGAAAAUUUGCCAGUUACCGCUGACGAAUUAAGUGAAGCAUGUCGUAAAGACGAGGAGACAAACAUGUUGAGAGAGUGCCUUAAGUACGGACGAGAAUGUGAAGUGGGAGAGAAGGUAGCAGUUCGAGACUACCAGUCGCCCGAAAAAUGGCGUUUCGGAACCAUCACGGCCAUUCUAGGCAAUCUGCACUACAACAUCACACUGGAAGAUGGGCGAAUCUGGAAAAGGCAUGUUGAACAAAUGCGUGACGUGGGAGAAAAUGCAGUAAAACAAACAAGUGACCAUUUAGUUCAACCGGUGCAUUCCGCAGUUCAUGUGCAGCAACCAGAAGUCGAAAAACAAAUUGAGAAGCAGACGGAGAACGUCUUGGUUAAAGAAACUCUCGCCGCCAGACUACCAGUGGGAAACAGCGCUACGAAUACGAAAGAAGGAGGGCAAGCAGAAAAUACUUCGUUGCGAAGAUCAACCAGAGAAAAAAAACGACCAGAUUAUUUUCAAGCGUAA